CGUGAGCCGUGGCCAGCGGCGGCCGGGCGAACCUCCACGGACUCCCCUUCCCGGCGCACCGCGCGAGGCGCCGGGGCCGCCGGCCGAGGGCGGGCCGACGCGGGCAGCCCCGGACGUGAGGCAUGAGCGGCGCCCUCCCCCGGCCCGCGCGCGUCCUGCCGCCUCCCCGAGCGAGGGUCGCGCGGCGCGGGGCCUAGCGGGGCGGCGCGGGGUGCGCGGCGCGGCGGCCGCCAUGGAGGUGAGCGGGCCCGAGGACGACCCGUUCCUGGCGCAGCUGCACCGGGUGCAGUGCCCCGUGUGCCAGCAGGCCAUGCCCGCCGCGCACAUCAACUCGCACCUGGACCGCUGCCUGCUGCUGCACCCGGCGGGGCACGCGGAGCCCGCGGCCGCGCCGCCCCGCGCCAAGCGGCGCCGGCCGUCGGAGAGCUCGGCGCUCAAGCAGCCGGCCACGCCGACGGCGGCCGAGAGCAGCGAGGGCGAGGCUGAGGAGCCGGACGACGGCGGCGAGACCGAGAGCCGCGAGAGCUACGACGCGCCGCCCACGCCCAGCGGCGCGCGCCUCAUCCCUGACUUCCCGGUGGCGCGGCCCGGCAGCCCGGCCAGGAAGGGCGCGGGGCAGCGGCCGGCGGCGGCGGCGGGCAGCGCGUCCCCGCGGAGCUGGGACGAGGCGGAGGCGCCGGAGGAGGAGGAGGCGGCGGGCGACGCGGACGGCGAGGAGGACGCAGGCCGCUGGGACGCGGAUGCCGCCGCCUUCGGGGCCCCCGGGGGCCGCCCGCACGCCCGGGCGCCCGCGGCCGAGGAGGUGCGGCAGAUGCUGGAGGGCAAGCCGCUGGCCGACCGGCUGCGGCCCGACACGCUGCAGGACUUCGUGGGGCAGGGCCGCGCCGUGGGGCCCGAGACGCUGCUGCGCUCGCUGCUGGAGGCCAACGAGGUGCCCUCGCUCAUCCUUUGGGGGCCGCCGGGCUGCGGCAAGACCACGCUGGCUCACAUCAUCGCCAACAACAGCAAGAAACACAGCAUAAGGUUCGUGACCUUGUCGGCAACGAGCGCCAAGACAACCGACGUGCGCGACGUCAUCAAACAGGCUCAGAACGAGAAGAGCUUUUUCAAGAGGAAAACCAUCCUGUUCAUUGAUGAGAUUCAUCGAUUCAAUAAAUCUCAGCAGGACACGUUCCUUCCUCACGUGGAGUGCGGGACCAUCACCCUGAUCGGGGCAACCACGGAGAACCCCUCCUUCCAGGUCAACGCCGCUCUGCUGAGCCGCUGUCGGGUGAUCGUUCUCGAGAAGCUUCCCGUGGAGGCCGUGGUGACCAUCCUCAUGCGGGCGAUCAACUCCCUGGGGAUCCACGUCCUGGACUCCAGCCGCCCCGCCGACCCUCUGAGCCACAGCAGCAACAGCAGUUCCGAGCCCUCCGUGUUCAUAGAGGACAAAGCCGUGGACACGCUGGCCCACCUCAGCGACGGGGACGCCCGGGCUGGACUCAACGGGCUGCAGCUGGCGGUGCUGGCCAGGCUCAGUGCCAGGAAGGUGUUCGGGAAGAAGACCGGGCAGACCUACCCUCCCGGCCGCGUCCUGGUCACUGAGGGUGACGUCAAGGAGGGCCUCCAGCGCUCUCACAUCCUCUACGACCGUGCAGGAGAGGAGCACUACAACUGCAUCUCGGCGCUGCACAAGGCCAUGCGGGGCUCCGACCAGAACGCCGCGCUCUACUGGCUGGGCCGCAUGCUGGAGGGCGGCGAGGACCCGCUCUACGUGGCCAGGCGGCUCGUGAGGUUUGCCAGCGAGGACGUGGGUCUGGCAGACCCGUCUGCAUUAACCCAGGCUGUGGCCGCCUACCAGGGCUGUCACUUCAUCGGCAUGCCCGAAUGCGAGGUGCUCCUGGCCCAGUGUGUGGUCUACCUGGCCCGAGCCCCCAAGUCCAUCGAGGUGUACAGCGCCUACAGCAACGUCAAGGCCUGCCUGCGGAGCCACCAGGGGCCCCUGCCCCCCGUCCCGCUGCACCUGCGCAACGCGCCCACCAGGCUCAUGAAGGAUCUGGGCUACGGCCAGGGCUACAAGUACAACCCCGCGUACAGUGAGCCCGUGGACCAGGAGUACCUGCCCGAGGAGCUGCGGGGAGUGGAUUUCUUUAAGCAGCGGAGGUGCUGACUCGGGGGCUGAGGCCGAGGAGGAUGCGUCCUUUCCUGGGGGGCCAGAGAGUCACUGGAUUGCGAGGUGGGUGGCCUGGUGGAAGUGACGGCCGCCCCACGUUUGUGCUGGGAGGGUAGGAGGCCUGGUGGGGGCACAGCUGCUGCAGCUAAGCGUGUGGCGUUGAAAUUGUGUUCAGUUGCACCCUGCGCGGUGUCAUGCUCGUGAGACGACCUGGCAGCUCCGUGCAGUCGUUUAAUGUUGUGAGGAGUUACCUAUCUUGUCAUGGAGUUUAAGUCACGACGUCACUUCAGAAUUCGGUUCCGUAGGUUUUCUUUUCCUUUAAAAGAUGUAUAUUCUAGGUAGUUUCACUUGGUAAAAAUAUGUAAUUGUGAUUUAAUACUGCAUAGUGUUUUGGGUAUUUUUUUUAUAUGCAAAGGUCUUAUGAGCCAAUAAAACUAUUUCAAAGUA